AUGUCCGAUUUUAAGGAAAAGGUGUCGGAAAAGAUCCACGAUGCCUCGGAAAAGGUCCACGAUGCUACCGGUAAAUUCGGCGGCAUGCUUGACCAGGCUGAGGCUGGCAACAUUCCCGGUACCAAGGGUAAACAUCCUGUUUCUGCUGUUAUCGGCACAGCAUUGACUGGUGGUAUGGGAAAUGCUGGCACCAAGGGCUACCUUGCGGCCUACAUCAAGGAGUUGGAAGACAACCCUCUCCGUACCAAGAUGCUCACUGCGGGUACUCUAGCUGGUACACAAGAGCUCUUCGCUUCAUGGCUCGCCAAGGACCGAAACAAGCACGGCAACUACUUCACUGCUCGUGUCCCCAAGAUGGCCGCCUAUGGCGCUCUGAUCAGCGCUCCUCUGGGUCAUUUCCUCAUCUGGGCACUUCAGAAGGCUUUCAAGGGACGCACCAGCCUGCGCGCCAAGAUUCUGCAGAUUCUUGUCAGCAAUCUUAUCAUUGCUCCCAUUCAAAACAGCGUCUACUUGGUCGCCAUGGCUCUCAUUGCCGGUGCUCGUACCUACCACCAGGUUCGUGCCACCGUCAAGGUUGGCUUCUGGAAGGUGAUGCGUGUUUCGUGGAUCACUUCCCCCAUCUGCCUGGCUUUCGCCCAGAAGUUCCUCCCUGACCAGCUCUGGAUCCCCUUCUUUAACAUCGUGUCUUUCAUCAUCGGCACAUACAUCAACACGAUUACCAAGAAGAAGCGCCUUGCAGCUCUCCGCAAGAAGCACUUCGGUGACGACCGCCGAUCUAACGCUGGCGACAUGCGCCCAGGCCGCCCCGAUGACUACCCUCCUCCUGGCAUGGGCGGUCCCGGCGGUCCCAACCCUCCCUACUAA